UCAUGACUUUCUAUGGCGCUUUUAGUUUUUUCGCACUCCGAAAUUUUGACAGCUGAAAUUAUCCUUGGCGUGGGGUUUUUCUUUUACUGUUUCUGUAAAAAUUAAGUGAAAAUCAGUAGGUUUAUUACGUCAGGCAAUACAGAGAUGUCGGAUUUCGUGUUUCGCUUCGCUUCAAGAGUUCGAUAGACGUCAUUCAUGGUCAUUCGAAGAGUCGAUAGUACUACUACUACAAUCAGCUGUUGAGUUCUGUUGCAAGUAAAAUAAUCUUUGUCUAUGUUAAAUGAAUAAUCCUCCGCAUUUGUUCGCCGUUUCAUCGAAAUGCACCUAACGAAAAUAUUAAUCCAGUGUUCGUUAUCGUAGUGUUUUCACCGAACCGUCGCUAUGAUCAAAUACCCGUUCAAUAAUCGUCAAAGGCAACGCGAACCAAGCACUGAUAGUAGUGUUUCUGAAGAUUUAGAUCAUUCCCAUGGACCUUCUUCGAGCGAAUACGUCGUUACGGAUGUUAAUCACGCUUCCUACAUUCUUUCUGGGUUGAACUCAUUGCGUGAAAAUGCUGAUUUCUGCGAUGUUAUACUACAAGUGGACGGCGAGAAAUUCAGCGCUCAUAAAAUCGUAUUGGCUUCCUUCAGUCCUUACUUCAAAACUAUGUUUCAAAGCAAAUACGUCGAAUCGAAACAAAACACGGUGCAUUUGAAAAGUAUCGAAUCGGAUAUGAUGAAACAGUUGUUGGAUUUCGCCUACACCAGUACUAUAAAAAUAACUAAGUCGAAUUGUCAAAAUUUGCUCUCUGCUGCGAAUCUCUUACAAGUGAUGAAAGUUCGGGACGCUGCUUGCGAGUUUCUAGAAAGCCAUAUGGAUACGAGUAACUGUCUGGGUAUUUAUUGUUUCGCCGAAUCUCACGCGUGUACGGAUCUGCAACAGAAAGCGUUUGAUUACGCGUUAAAAAAUUUUUGGAGCGUAGCCCAAAACGAAGAGUUCCUCGAAUUGACCGCUGAUAAACUCAUGGAGUUGGUCAGAAGCGAUAAAUUAGAAGUGGAGAAAGAAGAAUUAGUAUUUUUAGCCAUCAAAAGAUGGUACAACAAGAAACCAGAGGAGAGAAAUUUGGAUUUUCAUAAAGUUCUGGAAACUGUCAGAUUACCAUUAAUAGAUCCGUAUUUUCUUCACGACUGCGUCGAAUCCUUUUCGCCGAUUACCAUGAGCCCAGAAUGCAUGAAGUUAAUCGAAGAAGCUAAAUUAUUUCACCUGUUACCAGACCGUAGUGUCGAAUUAUUAAAUAAUCGAACCAAGCAACGUAAUAAUGCCAAUGUCGUCCAAGUCAUCGUCGCUGUUGGCGGUGAAGACGAUAAAGUAGUUCUACGUUCGGUCGAAUGUUUUUCACCCACAUCUGGAAUGUGGUACACAUUAGCCAGCUUACCAUUCGCUAUAAGUAAACAUGGUUUAGUGGCUUCUGGUAAAAAUAACCUGUAUUUGGCCGGAGGAGAGUAUCCAGAUGGUAAAGUUUCCAUGGCAUUUUGGCGAUACGAUCCGGUGCUCGAUAUUUGGCAAGAAAUGGCUCCGAUGACGACUCCUAGAUCCGAAUUUGGAUUGGCAGUCCUUGAUGGAUACAUUUACGCUGUCGGUGGCUGGGAAGGCUCGUACCGAUUAGAUUCGAUGGAACGAUACGACCCGAAUUCCAAUACGUGGACCAUGGUCCAUAAAUUAAAAAUGGCUGUGACUAGUGCCGCUGUUGUGGCAUACGACAGAAUGCUAUACGUAGCCGGAGGCGCUGUCUAUGAGGAAGGUGACGGAAUCAAUUGUUUGCUGAGAUAUGACCCGAGAACCGAGACGUGGAGUGAAUUGCCGCCGAUGUUGAUUGCCAGAAGUGGAGCUGCUACGUGUGUCCUAGAUGGAUAUAUUUACGUUAUUGGUGGUUGGCACGCAUCGACCGAAUACACAAAUCGAGUUGAAAGAUUCAACGUGAAAUGUAAUCGCUGGGAAAAAGUAUCUUCUAUGAAUGAACGUCGAUUUAGACCCGGUAUUUCGGUAAUCAACGGUAAAAUAUACGUAUUGGGAGGCGAAGAAGGAUGGGAUCGAUAUCACGAUACGAUCGAAUGUUACGAUCCUCAAAAAGACGAAUGGAAUGUUAGCGGGAAGCUCCUAUCUUCGAGAUCUUGGCUCGGCUGUGUGCCUCUUAAGAUUAAAAAAAAUUACUGCCGUGAAAAAUAAUUUUAAAUAUUCAACUUUUUAAUUUUUUUUUGUUUUUUUUUUCUCAAUUUUUAAUAUUUGUAAAAUGUACAUAACUUAUUAGAAGACUUACCUAGUAAGAUUGUAUAAUGCGGGUUGCUUCCAAAGUUCACACCCCGAUAUAAUUUUCCUAACGUAAUUUUAUUCCAAAGACUGAUUCUCAUAUUGGAUUUCGUGGAUUGGUUCCGUGUUGUGAUGGUUCAUUUUGUUCAUCGUAUGGUGUCAAUAUGGUUGUACUCGUUGUUAUUGUUCUAUUUUUACACACUAAGCGGAUAAUUCCCUCGAUACUGAGUCAGAACUAUAUACAAAGGGGCUUAAUUUUUAAUAAUUUUUUGUGGACGUUCCUCAUCCUUAAUGGACUAACGAAUAAUGAUCUGUUUUCUUACCAAAAUCUCCUAUUAUUUGAUUUAUUUUGCUCUUAGCAUUAUCUAUACUUCAUUCGUACGAUUGAUAUCUUUUUUUUGAUUAUUCCAAACUCUUUGCUUUCUUAAAGCCUCAUUCCCCAAGUGCCCAUGUACUUUUUCAAGUACCUAAUUUCUUCCUCCAUAUUAUAUGCUCUUAUUUUAAGAUGUCAUUAUGUGCGUAGCUGUGCAUUUAGUACUUAACUGAUGUGAACUUUAUGUUCUCGUUAAUCGAGAUGUUACAAUUUUUAUUUGAGA